GAUCCACUUAAGUUUAAAUGUCUUUAUUGGCGAUAGUUACGCGAUUCGAACACCUAAGCUCUCAGACCGGCCCGGAUCUCGGCACUAGGUCACGGCACCCUGACAGAUCUCCAGUGUUUGCUCAGUAGGGCACGUGCGUGUGGUGGAGAGUCACAUUCAUGCGCGCGGAGGCGUCACACACCAUCCAAGAGCUCAUAGAGUCAAAGUCGAGGUAUCUUCCGGGAAUCCGCGGAUUAUUUCGGGAUACAUUUGAAGUGUUUUAAAGAUGGAGGAAACCCCAGCCAAUGAGAAGUCUUGUCAGACAGAUGAACUCACAGGUGAGGCCGUUGUGCCCGGGCCUGACCAUGCGAGCAAGACGCUAGUCUAUUCCACAGAACCUGGAGAUCCUCCUCUGCUACAAACACCGCUGCUCACCUCCAAAUCUGGCAUCCAGCAGAUCAUUGAAUGUUUCCACACAGGUACUACACAGCUGAAACACAUUCUCCUCAAAGAGGUGGACACAAUCUUUGAAUGUAAACUCUGCCGCAGUCUCUUCCGUGGCCUUCCCAAUCUGAUCAAACACAAGGAAAUGUAUUGUUUCACUCGAAUGCCUGAACCUGAUGACCCAUCUGGAGUUAACAAGAAGAGCAUAAAAGAACUUCUCGAAGCUAUCUAUCCCUGCUGUGAUAAAGAGGAAUAUGUACUGAAACUGGAGCCCAUUGCUGGCAACCACAAUGCUGUGUACCAGUACCUGUCCAAAGAAGACGACCUGCCACCUUCAUCUCGACGCUCCAACCACAUGGCCACAGACAGCUGGACACACUACCACUCCAACAGCCAGGAACCGUACAUGGAGGAGGUCCGGUUGGAAGAAGAGGAUAACAAUAGCAUUGAUGAGGAAGAUGAGAGAGAGAACAUGGACAAGGGAGAGGAAGAUGCGGAAGAAAACAAGGGGCAUCAGCAUAGUGAAGAACCUGAGGAGCCAACAGAAGAAGCAGGUGACAAAGACCUGGCCUCCUGCAAAUGCCUUCUCUGCAACAGGACAUACAGGGUUCGAGGUCACCUUAGGAGGCACCUACGGACUGUUCACAAGAUUGUAUCUUCUGGUUCCACAACCAACUCCAGUGAUUCCACAUGCAGCUCCAAGAAAAUGCCCAAUGGUAAAGUUCCAGACAAUCCCAACACUAGUCCGAGCUCUUCCUCUGACUCCCAGAGCCAGAAAAGUCCCAAGGAGGACAAAGUCCCAUCCAAGGCUCACUUCUCCGUAGGUUUUGACUUUAAGGCACGCUUCUGCAAGCUCUGCAGGCGGACCUUCAGCUCCGUGCAGAACCUGGAGAAACACAUUGAGCUGCACACUGAUAAUGGCACGGACUUCUUUGUCAAGUUUUACUGCUGCCCGCUUUGCCGUUACAAGACGCGCCGCAAGAGGGACGUGCUGCGCCAUCUCUCAGAGUUCCACAAGAAGAAGUCCUCCUACCUGAGCAGGAUCUCCCAGUCGCUGGAGAGCUACGCUGUCAAGAAGCCAGCGGAGGUCGUGUUGAGCAAAGAAGAGGUGAAAGUUCAAAGUCAACAAGAAGAAGUGAAAGUCCACCACAAGCACAUGUCACCAUAUCUGACACGCAGGAACUUGCCUCCAAAAGCUCCUGGCAUAAUGGGAAAAAAGACCUUGACGACCGGCAGUAAGAAGCGCCACGACGAGGUGACCCAUAACAAAAAAUUGAAGCCUAGUAACUCAAAAGGAAGUGCUACCAAGAAAUCUCUGCACAUGUGCAACGUCUGUGGCCAGAGCUUUAAAAAGACAAGAUACCUAGGGUUGCACAAGAGAAGCCACUUGAAAUCCGCAACCAGGAGCACAUGUAUCAGAACAAGAUCCAAGGUCAUGCUUUGAUAUCUACUGACAGCAAACUGGACUUGCAGCGACUGUGGAAAGACAUACUGGACAGUGAGAGUGACAAAGAAAAUCUGAACCGUUAACAAAGUAAAAGAAACUGUGCUAUACUACAAAAAGGACUUUAAACCAUAAGUAGGGUAUAAGAAACCCUCAGAAAUGCGUUCCAUCGUCCCAAACACACAUACUGCAGAAUGUAUGUCAAUGUAACGGUACAGUAUUUUCAGUGGUGCUCUAUUAACCAUUUAUGAGGGGUUCUGAUUACUCUCAGAUAUAAGAGGAAAUAUAUAUGCUUUCCAUUCCCCCACUGCCAUUUCCAUCCAAAACCACGUAGACGAUUGUUCCAGGAUGCCGUUGUAGUGGGUUUAGCCUCAGGUGGAGCUUCAAGGCACACAUGCUCUCAGUGAGAGGGCAUUGAACUCCUGCAGACGGCAGCUGAACGUCGGCUAUUGACACCCAUCAGGCUCAUUGGUAUUCAGUGCAGUCGUAUGGGGUAAGAUCUGGAUGUCUUUCUUUUCUUUUACUGAGAAAACGGUGGACACCGAAGACCACUGGAACGUCAUGAACUCAGAUUCUACUUCAGUUAUAUUAAGGGAACAGGCUCUUUUAUGUAGCACAUGCUCUGGGGAAGACAACCAGUUGUCCUUGUAUGAACUGCAGGUAAAUGUUAAACACUUUCUAUGAGAUCUUUUUAGUUGCCUUUCCGCUGCAGUUCUUUGAUUAAUUCGUCUCCUAUCAGUUUUAGAUGAUUCUUACGUUAUUUUUCACUCCUCGUUUGUCUAUUAACAUUUUACAGAAAGGUUAACAGGUCUUAACAAGGAUUCAUUGUGCAAAUCUAUAGAUCCAAGUUUAUUUUUUUAGCCUUCUGGAGGCUUGACGGAUAAAAGUUGGUAGGAAAUUGUAUUUCUCAUUGUUAAAAUGAAUGUAUUUACCAACAAUAAACAGAGGAAAUGAU